CGGCGCGGACGGCGGGCGGCCAGGACAUGAUGUUUGCCCGAGGGUUAAAGAGAAAGUGCUCUGAUGGCGAGGAGAUUGCUGUUGCCGAGGGCGCCCUGGCCACGCCCUCCUACAGCCUGCAGCGGCAGUCGCUCCUGGACAUGUCCCUAGUCAAGCUGCAGCUGUGCCACAUGCUGGUUGAGCCCAACCUCUGCCGCUCGGUCCUCAUAGCCAACACGGUCCGGCAGAUUCAAGAAGAGAUGACCCAGGAUGGGACUUGGCGGGUGCCUGUGCCCCAGACUGCCGGGCGGGGGCCGCUGGACCGCCUGGUCUCCACCGACAUCCUGUGUCGAGCUGCCUGGGAGCAGCAAGGGGAGCACCCUGCUCUGGACUCGGCCAGUGGCCCCGCGCCAGACCUGCUGUCCGAACUGUCCAUGGCCCCGUGUGCACAGGCUCCGAGUGGCGUGCAGAGCUGCGUAUGGGGAGCGCACAGCCCCCGAGAAAACAAAGGGAGCUUUCAGAAGUCGCUGGAUCAGAUAUUCGAAACACUGGAGAGUAAGGCUCCCAGCUCGGUGGAAGGGCUGUUUGCGGACGUGGACAGUCCCUACUACGACCUGGAUGCCGUGCUGACGGGCAUGGUGCGCGGCAAGUCGGUCUCCAGCGACGGGUUUGAGGCCUUGGCCUCCGCGGGCGCCCCGUCCCCCAGUUCCAGCUGUAAGCGGGACCUGGGCGAGCUGGACCACGUGGUGGAGAUCCUGGUGGAGACCUGAGCCAGCUGUGUCCUUAACUGUCAGGACACAGACACCCCGGAGCACCAUCGGACCAUGGGGUUAGCCCGGCUUUGUCGUGAUUACCAGGAAGUCUCGGAACCGUGCCCAGUCUCUCCGCUGCUCCCCACUUCACCCUCCCUCACCCAGGGGCUGGGCAGGUUCCUGCAGGCUGGUCACCCCAGGCCUGCCUCGGAUGCCAGCAGCCUGGGCCCUGUCCACUCUGAGCCCCACACAGCUCCUGGAAGACGUGGGCCACCAGCUGCAUCAGCCUUGUUUAACUUUAGAUAGGUGAAUUUUUAAAAAUUAAGUUUUAUAUGUUUUGGGCAAUAUUUUGGCUUAAGAUAUAUUUUGUAAACGUUUUAUACUUUUAUCUCCUUAGAGUUUUUCAGCUAUUUUCUUAAAAGUAUAUUUUUUCUAUAAACAUCCUCUGCUGCUAAUUAGAAACUUUUAUAACCUGAA